AUGGCUCCUAAAUUUGAUCCUAAAGAAAAGCAAAUAUCAGUAGCUUUUGUGUGUUUAGGCAACAUAUGUCGUUCACCAAUGGCAGAAGCAAUUUUUAAGCAUCAAGUGGAAGUCCAAGGAUACUCUCAAUUUUUCAAAAGAAUAGAUUCGUUUGGUACCAGUGGAUGGCAUAUUGGAGAAACCCCUGAUUCUCGAUCAAGUAAGACAUGUAAGAAGCAUGAUGUCCCUGUUUCUCAUCAUGCUCAACAAAUCAACAGUUCUGAUUUCAAAGAUUUUGAUUAUGUUAUAGGAAUGGAUGAAUCGAAUGUGGCCAAUUUGAGACAUUUGAAACCUAGAGAUUCUAAAACUGUGGUUGAAUUAUUUGGACAUUGGAAAACAUCGGGUGAGUUUAAAAAAAUUGUUGAUGAUCCAUAUUAUGGGGGCAUUGAUGGAUUUGAAUAUAAUUAUAAACAAAUUUGCCAUUUCACAGAUGAAUUUUUGAAACAAGAAAUAGGUAGUUUAGAUUAG